AUGUCUAUCAACUUCGUGCCAUUAAGCCGCGAGGAGUUCUGGGGUGAGAAUCGUGAGAUGAUUCGGUUGACAGCCGGAUAUCAGACUCGCGUUGAAGAAGCCGUUGCCGAGGGUUUUGUGAAGUUCGGUCUCAGUCAUCCAUGGGACACCACGUCUCGGCAGAAUGUGCCCAGGUUCUAUGUCUGCAACUUUGGAUCACAUCCUGUUCCAUGUGAUGUGGCACACCAGGAACUGAGCGCCAGGGACUUGUUUUUACAUUUCGAUGAGGCGUUUGAUGCUACUAAGCCUUUCAGGAGGCUCAUCAUACUGGAAGAUGUGGACCCGCGGAUGGCGGAGAUGCUUGGAGUCAAGCUCGACAUACCGCCAGAUCUCAUUUCUUUCUGGGGCAUGACGCAUGUUGUCAUCCUUAUGGAUCCCCGGCAGACAACCCUUCGAAAGCUGAAGAAAGGACAGGAGACCGAUCGGAUCAGUCUGUCGGAUGUUGGAUACGACCGAAUGUAUUUCACCAGAGAGGUCAUCGUCGGCGCCAAUGAUGCAUCAAGCGUCGCUCCACAUGCACGGAUGAUGUACGAAAACCUUCGCUGGGCAUAUGAUAGAAACUUCGGUAUCAUUUCCGAGCUGCGAGAUCCGUUUGUCGCGACUGUGCCCGUUCGAAAUUUGGUCCUUUCACUCUGGGAAGACUCCGCCUGCCGCAAUCAGUCGACACUCUAUGACGAGCUCUGGAGAGACGAAGCCCAAUGGAGGGACUUCAGCAGCACUGCAGCUGUAAAACGGCUAGAAAGCACCUUUGAUACCAACGGCAAGGCCUACCAGAAUAUCAUGAAUAAGGGACCCACCAUCUGCAAACAAAGGCUUCUCAUCAAACACAUCAAAGAUUGCUUCCUUGCCCCCGACGUUGACCAAUGGGGAGAAGAUUCUGGCAGUACGGCUUUGACAUUUGGCUCAGUCAAGGAUUCUACUGAGGGAGUCGCAGUGGAACAAAUGCGCUGGAACAAAGUUGACGAUAGGCUGCAAGAGGUUGAGGGCACGCUAAGAACAUGGGCCGACAUGCAACGUUCUUUUGUAAACAACCGACAAGCUCGAAACGCGGGGCAAUUGACCAAGCUGGCUACGGUUGCUGUCCCGUUCUCAAUAAUCUCGGCAAUAUUCUCGAUGGGAGGGGAUUUCGCUGCGGGAGAGAGACUCUUCUGGGUCUACUGGGGCGUUUCACUUCCAGUGACUGGGCUCUUGUUGGUCUGGAUCAUCUCUUCGGGCGAGAUUUCCGAGUAUAGGCACCGCUUUGAGGGUUAUCUUAGGAAGGCGUGGCCCACUAGGACGAAGGGGCGCCACCACUGCAAAAAUUGCACGUGCAAUAAAGGUUCCGAUGAGGAAGUGUGA